AUGUAUUUCGAUGUAAACAACUUGUACGGUUGGGCGAUGUGUCAACCGUUGCCCUAUGCCGAAUUUCGAUGGGUCGACGACAUCUCUGACUUUGACGUUAGCGCGAUCACUUCGGAUUCACCCAUAGGUUAUAUUCUCGAGAUCGAUCUCGAGUAUCCGCAACAUCUUCACGACGCGCACGCGAACCUACCGUUCUGCCCGACGCGCGAUAAGCCGCCCGGCAAGCGGCAGGACAAGCUCCUCGCGACAUUAUACGAUAAGAAGCGUUACGUCAUACACUAUCGCAACCUGCAACAAUGCACGCGUCACGGCCUUCGCGUCGCAAAGAUACAUCGCGUAUUGCAAAUCGCUCAACCCGCAUGGCUCCGCGAUUACAUCGAACUCAACACCCGGUUUAGAACGCGCGCGACAAACGAUUUCGAGAAAAAUUUAUACAAGUUAAUGAACAACGCGGUAUUCGGUAAAACUAUGGAAAACGUGCGCAAUCACGUCGAUGUAAAAUUAUUAACAAAGUGGGACGGACGAUACGGCGCGGAGGCGAUGAUCGCGAAACCAAAUUUUCACAGCAGGAGCGUCUUUUCGGAAAAUUUGGUUGCUGUCGAAUUGUGCAAACUCGAGGUGAAAGUUAAUAAACCGAUCUACGUCGGUAUGUGCAUCCUCCGCGAUUACAUCGAACUCAACACCCGGUUUAGAACGCGCGCGACGAACGAUUUCGAGAAAAAUUUAUACAAGUUAAUGAACAACGCGGUAUUCGGUAAAACUAUGGAAAACGUGCGCAAUCACGUCGAUGUAAAAUUAUUAACAAAGUGGAACGGACGAUACGGUGCGGAGGCGAUGAUCGCGAAACCAAAUUUUCACAGCAGGAGCGUCUUUUCGGAAAAUUUGGUCGCUGUCGAAUUGUGCAAACUCGAGGUGAAAUUUAAUAAACCGAUCUACGUCGGUAUGUGCAUCCUAGACAUUUCUAAAACGUGUUUGUACGAAUUUCAUCACGAAUACAUGGUACCGUUAUAUCGAGAGAAAUGUAAAAUAAUGUACACCGAUACAGACAGUUUGAUUUAUCACAUCGAGUGCGAGGAUGUGUACAAGAAUAUGAAACGCGAUAUUGCUAGAUUCGACACGAGCGAUUAUCCGGCUAACAACGCGUACGGUAUACCGCUCGAGAACAAGAAAGUGCCGGGCUUGAUGAAGGACGAGAAUAACGGUGCGAUCAUGACUGAAUUUGUCGGGCUUAGAGCAAAAAUGUACGCGUUGCGAGUAGAUAGUAAAAAGGAUACAAAAAAGGUUAAAGGCGUCAAGAGUAACGUCGUAGCGAGAACGAUAACGUUCGACGAUUACACGCGGUGCCUGCACGAUGAAAUUGAAACGACUCGACAGCAGUCAUGCAUAAGGUCAAAAUUGCACGAAGUGUACACAAUCAGCGAGACAAAAAUCGCCCUGAGUCCGUACGACGACAAGCGAUAUAUCGUACUUGAUUCGACCGACACGCUACCGUGGGGACAUUACCGGAUACCCUUAUAAUGUAACGUAAUGUAAUGUAAUGUAAUGCAUGCAUGUA